AUGCCCGAAGAAGGUCCUUUUGUCUCCAAGGAACUCAAGCCUUUCCAGAAGUUAGCUUCCCUCACCUCCAGUCAUGUUAGGUGGUAUAUCAGGGAUUGGGAAACCGAGAAUGUGAUUGUCAGCAUUGGAGACUUCCCCAAUGUGCCGUUGAUAGGAACCAAGGGUUGCAUCAACUAUAACCCCAUGUUAUCUCUAAGGCAGCAUGGGUACCCUAUGAAUGGCCCUCCAAAAGCUAAAGCUCUAGAGCCUUUCAUCUUACAUGGUGUUGAAGCGGAUCAUCCAAUGGUGAAAAAGAUCAAGAGGUCUUGGCAAGCAGUCAUCAGAAAGGGUAAGGAGUUGGAGAAUGGGAACUUGAAAGACGAUCAACAAAAGAAGGACAAAGAGCUUGAAGUCUCCAACAAAAGAGCUAGAGAGUCUGAAGCAAGGAGGGAAAAGUUUGGACAAGCGCUCUAUAGCACCAAAUCUGUGUUCAAAUCAAAGGAAGAAGAGUUGGAUAGAGCUUUACUCCGGAUUCAAAAACUCAACAAGACUCUGGAACUGACCCUUGAGAUGAAAAGAGAAGCACGGUUGAUUUCUGAGAUUCGUACUCGUGAGCUGGAGAAUACCAUUCAGAAAUACAAGGAUACUCUGGAACGUGAGAAGCUGAAGACCGAAGAAUAUUGGAGAAACCUCUAUAGGGACAUAGAGGUGACAAAGGCUGAAGACGUGCGCAUUAUCCAAGAUCUCCAAGGGCUUUACACUGAGUGGAAAGGCAAAUUUCUGAAGCUGUCCGGAUUUGCGAGUUCCAUCAUGCGUGAGCUACCUGAGAAGCUGCAAGAAGCUGAUUGGUGCAUAGCUCGUCAAAGAAUGGCAGAUCAAGAGCAUGAAUUGGAGCGAGUGAGCUCAGAGCUAGAAGACCUGCGUGGAAACAUGGGGCAGGUCAUGGAGAUAUUACAGGUUAUCAGGGCAAAGCUAGAUACCCAAACAACGGUUGUUUCUGAAAUCGCAGGUCCAUCGAUUGAACCCCAACCUGCGAGGGCGGUACCAACAACCUGGCCAACCUAUGGUUUACCUCCCGGUUUCACGCCUACAGUUGAAGGCGCCCCUGGUUUUGCACCACCUGCUCAGCAGACAGCUCCUCUACCGACCAUCAAUGAAAAUCAUCCAGUGGUUCACACGUUCGCACCUCCUCUCGUUCGUGCACACGUGCAACCCUACUUUGAGGACCAACAACACGCCCCAGACUUUUCAGAUGAAGAUGAGGAAAGGCAGGAGGACCUAAGAGGGAUGAAGGAGAACUACCAGCUGCUUGAGAAGAGAUUGAGGGCUAUGGAAGGUGACCAAGUUUUUGGUGCUACAGCUAAGGAGAUGUGCCUGGUGUCCGGUCUUGUGAUCCCUGCAAAGUUCAGGACCCCAGAUUUCGAUAAGUAUGAGGGCCACUCGUGUCCUAAGAGAUUGGUGAGGGCUAGAUUGAUUGACGCAUGUCACGAUAGUUGUGAGGAAUGUGCCAUUCAGCCAAAAGGAUGUAAAGUGGUACGAAAUGACAUUCAGAAUUUGAUGAAUCAAGGUGUUUUACAAAUUUCUGGGCCAGCAAUAAAUGAGGAAGUUUCGGUCAUUGAACCUGUUUUUAACAUACCAGAACCGUUUGAGGUGACUUAUCACAGAAGAGAGGUUGUUCAUCCAUCACCUGUGGUAGUUUGCAUGCCUACCCCAUUCCCUUUUGAAAGUACCAAGGCAGUACCCUGGAAGUACGACAUAACAGUGGUAGAUGGAGUGGUAGAUGGAAAGCCCAAAAUUGCUGAAAGUAAGGAAGUUUUGGAGAAUGUUGACACCGACGUCACCAAUAUCGCAGGGACAAGCAGAAUGACCCGCAGUGGUCGGAUUUAUACUCCCAAUUUUAAUGUGAACCCUCAAGAGCCAACAGGGGGAGCUGCAAAUGUAAAUCCUACCCCAGAACAGGGAGGGGCACAGUCGGCUGUGCAAACAGAUGAAGCAACCUGCAACACUCUAAGUUUCAGUAAUGAAAAGUUGCCCAAAGAGGGGAAGAAUCACAACCGCGCCUUGCAUGUGUCCAUAAAAUGUCAAGAAGAUGCUCUAGCUAGAGUUUUAGUGGACACUGGAUCAUCCCUCAAUGUUCUACCAAAGAGGGCACUUGCUAAAUUGUCUUAUCAAGGUUCGGAGUUGAAACCUAGUGCGCUUGUGUUGCUACAUGAAUAUGUAGAUGUAUUUGCUUGGUCAUAUCAGGAUAUGCCAGGUUUAGAUACUGACAUUGUUGUCCACAAGUUACCACUACAGCCAGAUUGUCCGCCAGUGAAGCAGAAGCUCCGAAGAACAAGACCCGACAUGGCUCUAAAGAUUUGUGACGAGGUGAAACGUCAAUUUGAUGCCGGUUUUCUAGCAGUUGCAAAGUACCCUCAAUGGGUAGCUAACAUAGUACCUGUACCCAAAAAGGAUGGCAAGGUCAGGAUGUGUGUUGAUUAUAGGGAUCUAAACAAAGCUAGUCCAAAGGACGAUUUCCCCCUGCCACAUAUUGACACUCUGGUAGACAACACUGCUAAGUUCGCAGUCUUCUCCUUUAUGGACGGAUUCUCGGGUUAUAAUCAAAUCAAGAUGGAUCCAGAAGACAUGGAAAAGACCACAUUCAUCACCCCUUGGGGAACAUUUUGCUACAAGGUAAUGCCCUUCGGUCUCAAAAAUGCUGGGGCAACUUACCAAAGAGCAAUGGUCACUCUUUUCCAUGACAUGAUGCAUAAGGAAAUUGAGGUUUAUGUGGAUGAUAUGAUUGCAAAAUCUCAAAGUGAAGAGGAUCACAUAGACCACUUGCAAAAGCUAUUUGAGCGUCUUCGGAAAUUUCGACUACGACUAAAUCCUGCUAAAUGCACCUUUGGUGUCCGAUCUGGAAAGUUGCUUGGUUUCAUUGUUAGUCAACGAGGAAUUGAGGUAGAUCCCGACAAGGUCCGAGCUAUACAAGAGAUGCCUGCUCCACGCACCGAGCGAGAGGUUAGAGGCUUCCUGGGACGUUUGAAUUAUAUCUCGAGGUUUAUCUCACAUAUGACGGCCACAUGUGAGCCUAUCUUCAAAUUGCUCAGAAAAGAUCAAGCAGUUGAAUGGAAUUCUGACUGUCAAAUGGCUUUUGAUAAGAUCGGACAAUACCUGCAAGAGCCCCCUAUUCUAAUUCCACCUGUUCAGGGGAGACCACUCUUUAUGUACUUAACCGUGCUUGAAAAGUCAAUGGGAUGUGUGUUGGGACAACAUGACGAAACCGGUCGAAAGGAACAUGCUAUCUACUAUCUAAGUAAGAGAUUUACCGAUUGUGAAACCCGAUACUCACUCUUGGAGAAAACUUGUUGCGCUUUAGCAUGGGCCGCUCGUCGUCUAAGACAAUACAUGAUUUGCCACACUACUUUGUUGAUCUCAAAAAUGGAUCCAAUAAAGUACAUCUUUGAAAAGCCUGCUUUGACUGGAAGACUUGCCCGUUGGCAGAUGUUAUUAUCUGAGUACGACAUUCAAUACGUGUCUCAAAAAGCCAUCAAAGGAAGUGUGUUGUCUGAUUAUCUAGCAAACCAGCCCGUGGAAGAUUACCAGCCGUUGAAGUUUGACUUCCCGGAUGAAGACAUUAUGGUUGUAAAAGACUGUGAAGUCCCAGGACUUGAUGAAGGACCUGAGCCCGGAUCUCGGUGGAAGCUCAUGUUUGAUGCAAGGUUGUGUUUUGAUUGCACGAACAAUAUAGCAGAAUAUGAGGCGUGCAUCCUAGGCAUUGAAGCAGCCAUUGAUCUCCGAAUCAAAAUCCUUGAAGUAUGUGGAGAUUCAGCCUUGGUGAUAUAUCAAGUCAAGGGCGAAUGGGAAACCCGUGAUACCAAGUUGAUCCCAUAUCGUGCCUAUGUCAUGGAAUUAAUAAAAUACUUUGACGAAAUCACUUUCCGUCAUAUCCCGAGAACUGAGAAUCAAAUUGCUGAUGCUUUGGCUAUGUUGGCUUCAAUGUACCAGGUCAGAUUCCAUAAUGAAGCACCUCUCAUUCAAAUCGAGCGGAAAGUUGAGCCUGCCUACUGCCAGUCAGUUGAAGAGGAAGCCGAUGGUAAACCCUGGUUUCACGACAUCAAGUGCUUUUUGCAAAAUCAAGAAUAUCCAACAGAUGCCACAACCCUUGACAAGAAAACAUUGAGGAAGUUAGCAUCCAAAUUCUUCUUAAGCAAUGGUGUGUUGUACAAGAGAAAUCACGACAUGAUUCUGCUCAGAUGCGUGGAUGGACGUGAAGCGGACAUGCUGAUCAAGGAAAUUCAUGAAGGAUCCUUUGGAACGCAUGCCAAUGGGCAUGCCAUGGCCAAGAAGAUUUUGAGAGCUGUAAAUGUUUUGACGUCACCUUGGCCUUUCUCAAUGUGGGGCAUCGACAUGAUUGGCGCCAUCGAGCCUAAAGCUUCCAAUGGUCACCGCUUCAUCCUGGUUGCCAUUGAUUACUUUACCAAAUGGGUGGAAGCCGCCUCUUAUGCUAAUGUGACAAAACAAGUGGUUGCACGGUUUCUCAAGAAAGAGAUCAUUUGCCGUUAUGGAAUUCCAAGCCGGAUCAUCACAGAUAAUGGGACGAAUCUGAACAAUAAGACCAUGAAGGAAUUAUGCGAGAGCUUCAAGAUUGAGCACCAUAACUCUUCACCAUAUCGUCCAAAGAUGAAUGGCGCUGUUGAAGCCGCUAAUAAAAACAUCAAGAAAAUUUUGGUAUAUGGGAUGGAAGCAGUUCUCCCAAUUGAAGUAGAGAUACCUUCAAUGAGAAUCUUGAUGGAGACCAAGCUAGAAGAGGCUGAGUGGAUUCAAAAUAGAUUUGAUCAGUUGAACCUCAUAGAUGAGAAGCGAUUGACUUCUUUGUGCCAUGGACAAUUAUACCAGAAAUGGCUCAAAAGGGCCUUUGACAAGAAAGUGCGUGUUCGGGAAUUCAGAGAAGGAGACCUCGUGCUUAAGAAGAUCUUGCCAAUACACAAGGAUUCACGUGGGAAGUGGACUCCAAAUUAUGAAGGCCCAUAUGUUGUGAAGAAAGCUUUCUCCGGAGGUGCCUUGAUUCUCACAACUAUGGAUGAUGAAGAGCUCUCACACCCCGUGAACUCUGAUGCAGUUAAAAAA